CCGGCUUUCCUGGUUGGUUCUGCAGUAUCUGCAGAGAAUUGUGGAAGAUUUCCUUUGCUUCCCGGGGUUAGAGCGGUGAGUGACCAUGACCAAGCUGAAGCAGUGGAUCUCCACGCUGUUGGUGCUGAUGCUCAUCUGGCUGUGCCUGGUGCAGGACGUGCUCAGCCUGGGAUAUAGUAAAAAAUUCUACGAUGUGAUCUUGCCCUUACCCGUCUACCUCCUGGUCACCGCGGGCAGCUACAUGCUGGGAACCCUGGGUUUGCGCUUGGCCAACUUCAACGACUGUGAAGAAGCUGCCCAAGAACUGUUCCAGCAGAUCCAGGAAGCCCAGGCCGAUCUGGCCAGUAAGGGCCUCAUACUGUGAUCCUGCCCCCUAGCCGCGGUCCCCCUUCCCCCCAGCUUCCAGGUCUUCGACUUCCUCCCAAACGCUCCUAGGUCCCUUCUUUAGCUAAAUUAAAAAAGUAAAAUUUC